CAUCGUGUUGCAGUUUAGCGUUCAGUUAUUCGAAUUACUGGUGUUCUUGUUAUGUAUUGUACGUUUCUGUUUAUAUAUUUACUCAUUGAACUUUAUGCAUUUUGUUAGAACUAAUAGAAGCUUUCGUUAUUUUUGAAACAACGUUAAAAAUUUACUUGUGUAAAUCUAAUGAACUGCUUAUAGUUGUAAGUUUAACGUUUAUUUAUUACCGAGAAGUGAAGUCAGAAAAGCUUGAGCUUUUAUUUUUAAUUUUUACACAAUCUUGUGUUUUAUCGACGAAUAUCGUAUUUCGCUAAGAGCUUAUUUGAAGUACAAUUAACAUAUUGUUAUAAUAUAUUGAGCUGUGGCUGUAGAGUGAGCGCAGUUGAAAUUGUUUUUUAACAUGGCCUACCACAAUGUUCAACAUGAAUAUAUGCAGAUACCUCCUGUAACUCGUGCCUAUACGACUGCAUGUGUUUUGACAACAUUAGCGGUGCAGUUGGACAUUGUUUCUCCUUUUCAGCUCUAUUUUAAUCCAGAUUUAAUAAUAAAACAUUACCAGAUCUGGCGACUAGUUACCACAUUUCUAUUUUUUGGAACGUUGGGAUUCAAUUUCCUGUUCAACAUGAUAUUUACAUACCGUUACUGCCGAAUGUUGGAAGAGGGCUCUUUCCGGGGCCGAACAGCAGAUUUUUUUUUCAUGUUUUUAUUUGGAGGAAUUGUCAUGAUUAUAAUAGCUCUGUUUAUUAAUCUCCUUUUCCUUGGUCAAGCCUUUACAAUCAUGUUGGUUUACAUUUGGAGUCGUCGAAACCCGUACAUUCGAAUGAAUUUCUUUGGAUUGAUGAACUUUCAGGCACCAUUUUUACCAUGGGUCCUAUUAGGAUUCUCAGUUUUACUUGGAAAUUCGGUGAUGGUGGAUUUAAUGGGAAUAGCAGUUGGACAUCUUUAUUAUUUCCUUGAAGAUGUUUUUCCAAACCAGGCUGGUGGCUUUCAGAUACUAAAAACUCCAUGUUUAAUAAAAUAUCUUUUUGAUUCUGCACCGGACGACCCAAAUUAUAAUCCUCUUCCUGAAGACCGACCAGGUGGAUUUGCCUGGGGUGCUGAUGUUCCACCCCAGUGAAACGAGUAUUCUGCAGUGUAAAUAUAUACACGUACAAUGUGUUUUUAUCCUCUUUGCUCUUAAUAUUACCUUCUAGAUGUAAAAACAGUAACUUAACAGUGGUUAAGAGAAGUGGAAUUUUUUUGAAAGCAUGAACUAUUUACAACAUAGAAAUAUUUUUCAUUCACUGUUUUGUUGUGAAAUGGUAUACCAUUAAUAUAAUCAAAACUUAUUUACAAAGGCAUUGUUUAAUUUGUUUUUCAAAUGUAAUGGUAAUUAUGUUCUUAAUGUUAAUAAUUAUUUUAAGUUGCUCUUCCGUAUUAUGUCUUGGACCAGGAAAAGCAUAACAAAAACUUGUUAAGGAAACUAAUAAUGUUAAUGUUUCUUUUUGCACUAUUGUUUGUACAAAUUGAUACACAGAAGUAAUAAAGCAAGUUUGAUUUUGU